AUGGAAUCGUCUAAAGAAAUGCGUUUGAAUAAAGUCGAGACAGUUGAGACAGAAAUAUCUGAAAGUGGCGCCAGUUCAGAUGAAUUUGUUUCACAGGAAAAUAAUAGUGACAAUUUAGAUGAAAUAUCGGAUGAAAAUACGACAAGUUUGGAUAAGAAGGGAAAACGUAAUUCUACUGACAGUGAAGUCAAGAAAGUCACCAAAAAAGUAAAAUUUGAUGAGACUACAAAUCUUCCAAGCAGUAGCAAGACACUACAAAAAACAAAGAAAGAAAAAUUUAUUCAAACCACAAAUCAUCCAAACAGCAACAAGACAACACAAAAAAAGAAGAAACCAGUUGCUGAUUCUUCAAGUGAUGAAAUCAAUUUGGAAGUUCCUUACAACGACGACAGCGAUGAAGAAGACAAUGAUGCAGAUUGCCUGUUUUGUACGAACAUGUAUUCUGCGGACACACAUGGUGAACAAUGUGUAUAA